GUUUUGCCAUCCACAAUGCAUCAGCUGAUUCUGACGCUCCUUCAGUAGCGUAGAAUGCCAUUCAAAUCAAAAUUUCAAAACUUCCAGCCUAGAAUUUAAUCCAAAAAACAACUAGAUAGAUAAAAAUAAUGCACAUUUAAAGUCCGGGGGCGCCUUAUCACAAAGCCAAACAACAAAUAAAUCAGUUAUUUUCGUUUCGAUACUCAGUUGUUAUAAAAAGUAGAAGGCGCAAGUGCGUCUCGACCAACAAUCAAGUCCAACUCGAAACGAGGCUCCUAAAUAUUAAGUUUUUAAUUAAUUAAUAAGUGAAUAAUUUAAUUUCCACGCCAUGGCGUACUGUAUGCGAGUUUUGCAUCGCCAUGGAGGAAAAGCAAGUGCAGUCCUUCAAGAAGUUCAAAUAAGAUGUUUCCAUGUCUCUCCUCUGGCUUCGGCAGCUUCGAAAACUGCCAUGUCGAAAUUCGACCCGGAACCCAUCCCUUACGAAAAACUAGUGAAAAACUUAGAAGUAGUCAAAAAAAGACUGAACAGGCCCUUGACCUUAUCUGAAAAAGUCUUGUAUUCACAUUUAGACCAGCCAGAUACUCAGGAAAUCGAACGUGGAAAAUCAUAUUUGAGACUACGUCCUGACAGGGUGGCGAUGCAAGAUGCCACAGCCCAAAUGGCCAUGCUUCAAUUUAUUUCUUCGGGGCUUAAAAGGGUGGCAGUUCCCAGUACAAUUCACUGCGAUCACUUGAUUGAAGCCCAAAUUGGUGGGGUGAAAGAUUUGGCACGUGCCAAGGAUUUGAAUAAGGAGGUCUAUGAUUUUCUUAGUACGGCUGGUAACAAGUAUGGGGUCGGUUUCUGGAAACCAGGAUCAGGUAUCAUCCAUCAAAUCAUCUUGGAAAACUACGCAUUCCCCGGUCUGUUGAUGAUCGGUACCGACUCUCACACCCCCAACGGCGGUGGUUUGGGCGGCCUGUGCAUUGGAGUAGGUGGUGCAGAUGCUGUAGACGUAAUGGCCAGCAUCCCAUGGGAAUUAAAAUGCCCCAAAGUCAUUGGGGUACACUUAACUGGCAAACUAUCAGGCUGGACUUCACCUAAGGAUAUUAUUCUUAAAGUAGCUGAUAUUUUAACUGUUAAAGGUGGUACUGGAGCUAUUGUUGAGUAUUACGGACCUGGUGUAGAAUCAAUUUCUUGUACCGGAAUGGCAACUAUUUGCAAUAUGGGUGCUGAGAUUGGUGCAACCACAUCAGUUUUCCCUUAUAAUAGAAGAAUGGCUGACUAUUUGAAAGCUACUAGUAGAGGAGCUAUUGCAGAAGAAGCUAACAAAGUUGAAAAAGUUUUACUCAAUUCAGAUUCAAAUGCCCCCUAUGAUCAAGUCAUCGAAAUCAACCUAGACACUUUAGAACCGCACAUCAACGGGCCAUUUACUCCAGAUUUGGCCAGUCCCAUAAGCAAACUUGGUGAAAAUGCCAAAAAGAAUGGUUGGCCAUUGGAAAUCAAAGUGGGACUUAUCGGUUCUUGUACCAACAGUUCCUACGAGGACAUGGGCAGGUGCGCUAGCAUAGCAAAAGAGGCCAUGAAACACGGAGUCAAAUCCAAAAUUCCAUUCAACGUCACACCUGGAUCUGAACAAAUUCGUGCUACAAUUGAGCGAGAUGGGAUUUCACAAACUUUAACUGAAUUUGGAGGAACUGUAUUGGCAAAUGCAUGUGGUCCAUGUAUCGGCCAAUGGGACCGUAAAGACGUCAAAAAAGGUGACAAAAACACCAUUGUAACCUCUUAUAACCGUAACUUUACUGGUCGUAACGAUGCCAACCCUGCAACUCACGCUUUUGUAACUUCCCCUGAACUGGUUACAGCUCUCAGUAUUGCUGGAACUUUGGAUUUCAACCCUCUCACUGAUGAACUAACUGGUUCUGAUGGUAAAAAAUUCAAACUUUCUUCUCCAUUUGGUGAUGAGCUACCAGCUAAAGGUUUCGAUCCUGGCCAAGACACUUACGAACAUCCUUUGGCCGAUGGAAGCAAAAUUAACGUCAAAGUUGAUCCUAAAUCAAACAGGCUUCAAUUAUUGGAUCCUUUCGAUAAAUGGAACGGCAACGACUUGGAAGACAUGGUAGUGUUGAUUAAAGUCAAAGGAAAAUGUACAACUGAUCAUAUUUCUGCUGCUGGACCUUGGUUGAAAUAUAGAGGACACUUGGAUAAUAUUUCUAAUAACAUGUUUAUUGGUGCCACAAAUUCUGAAAACAACGAAAUGAACAAAAUCAAAAACCAACUAACAGGUGAAUGGGGUGGAGUUCCAGAUGUGGCCCGCGACUACAAAGCCAAAGGAGUCAAAUGGGUUGCAGUGGGCGAUGAAAAUUACGGUGAAGGUUCUUCUAGAGAGCACGCCGCUUUGGAACCGCGUCAUUUGGGCGGUCGAGCCAUCAUUGUGAAAUCAUUUGCUCGUAUCCACGAGACCAACCUCAAAAAACAAGGUUUAUUGCCUUUGACGUUUGCCAAUGCGAGUGAUUACGAUAAAAUUCAGCCCACUGAUAAAAUUAGUUUGAAAGGGUUGAAGAAUUUGACUCCCGGAAAACCUGUAGAGUGCGAAAUCAAGCAUAAGGAUGGCAAGGUUGAUAAGAUUCUUUUGAAUCAUACCAUGAAUGAUUUGCAAAUUACUUGGUUCAAAGCUGGCAGUGCUUUGAAUAGGAUGAAGGAAGUGGCUGCGUAAAAUUUUUUAGAAUUAUUUUAUUUAUUCUAUGGUUUUUCUACGAUUUAGUACAAAAAUACAAUGUAAGCCCAAAAUAAUAUCUUUUUUUUGUGUGUUUUAUUGUAGAAUAACCAUUUAUUGAGUAGCUGUAUAAUAUUGUUGCUCUGUAAAUAUGAAUGAGAAUUUUUAAGACAAUAAAUUAAAUUAUUAUAAUAGUAA